AUGACACGGGCGAAAAAUAGGACUGCCAAGGUCCGACCAGGUCUUAAAAGCUAUCUAGAACGCGCCCAUCUACUACACGAAGACGACUUCAAGGUUCAACUGCCGCCGACUAUACCCAAAAUCCGCAUUCAAAUCCGCACCCGCAAGCACGGACAAUUCAAAUUAGUUCAUAUCACCCGCGCGGAAUGGCAGACGUUACACAGUGAGGCGAGGAGUAGGAGACGCAGGCUAUUCAUUUCAACCAUACCUGACGAUUGCACCUUCGCCGGCCAAAUAAUCCUCCCAGACGCUGACGAUGCACGGAAAGCGGACGCGUUUCGCUUAUCCGAUAUCAAAGAAGCUUGGAAAGAGGGUCGGGCCGCUGUAUAUUGGGUCGACGGUUCUCUUCGAAAGGGAAUCCUAGCCGCAGGCGUUGUCUGGCAGGACAACCAACACACGUACACUGCCAGUUAUAGACUUGGAAGAGACACUGGAGACAGCGGAGACGCGGAGGUUUUCGCCAUUGCUGCGGGUUUGGGUAAGGCAAAGAAGGAGGUCGAACGCGGCACAAGGAUCGAGCUGGUUAGGAUCUUCUCGGAUGCUUUGUGCAUUUUGCAGGGCCUGAGAAAUAGGACGUGCGAAACGCUGGGUCCAAUGUUGAAGGAGAGAAUGGCGCUACAAGCCGUGUACGAGCGAGCGGAAUGGUUAAGUGCCCAAGGCAUUCGGGUCCAGCUCGUCUGGGUGAAAGGUCACUCAGGAAGCGAUGGAAACGCCAUGGCCGAUGAAGCAGCCACCCUAGGGGUCAAACAGCAAGUUGCUUCAUAUGCUACCACCAAGGAGGAGAUUAGAGUGAUGACGCACGCCGAUGUUCCCACGACGUGGCAAGAGCUUGGAUCAGAUUGGGCUGAUGAGUGGUUGUGGCGGGCCAAUCGAAAUUUCUAUGACGUCCCUACCAGAUUGGAGGAGCGGAGAAAGACUCAGAAUCGGCGCUUAUAUGAGGACAGUGAGCUCGAUGAGCAUUUCGGGGAAGUUACAGCAUCAGAGGUAUCUGACCUGAGCGAUGAUGUUCCUACAUACGCACCACUUGAAGGAAGCUCUCUCGAUCAGCAAGUGGCGGCCCUAGAGCUCCAUAUCAGGCAGCGGGGCGAGAAAAUAGCUGAUCUGAGGCUUGAGAUUGCAAAGAUUAGCGAGCGAAAACUUCAGAUGAUACGCGAUCUGGACCUCAUGCAGACUGAGCAGAGAAGGGACCAGUCAUACUGCUCGAGGAUGGCACAGCACAUGCCGGAGCUUCGGCGGACACCAUGUUCCGAAGAAGACGACACCCAACACCAGCCAGAUGACUCACUGCAGCAACCUGUCUUGCAAAAUCAAGCUACACCGUCCCCACGACAUGUAGAAACAGCACCAACUCACAGUCACGGCAGUCAUGACGACAGCGGACCCGGGUCGUUCGGCGGUGAAACUCGCGAGUCUUCGAGUUCCAAACCAGGCCAGACACAGAAGGAGCCCGCGGCGGAUGAGCCUCAUAUGGAAGUCGUCCAACCAGCAUCAGCAACACCCGGAAACGUGACGAUCGACCCGCUCCUCUUGGAGACACGCCGAAGAUAUGAUGUGCGAGUGUUGCAGAUUGCAGACCUUAAACAGAGCAUCGCAGACGCGAAGACAGGAAGCACAUGCGACUUCCUCGCCAAAGUAGAGGCUAAGCUUGAGCUGGAACAAGCAAGCCUUUGGCAAAAGAUCACAUCCCAAGUGGCGGAAACCCCUGCGCAGGGGAAUGAAGCUGAAGCACAAGAAGGUGAGCAGCAACUUUUCCGUAGUCUGGCUGUGCCUGAGCACAAGACUUCGGAACAGUUUGAGUCUCCGAACGAGCGCUGGGUCGGCGGUACUCUGCUCAGUCUUCUUGAGAAUGAGGGUGUACAGGGUGUACAGGAUGCCAGACCACCGCCCACGGCAGCGCCCAACAACGAUGAUACGAAGCUCUCCCCCAAGGCCAAAGAAGUCGUGCAUGCCAAGAUGCUCGAGUCUUGGAUUGGCCAGUCGAACUACGAUGUGUUUGGAAACAACGUGAACGCAAGGAAGCUGCGGAAUUUGGAAGCGAAGCAAUCGCGCGACGAGGAUCGCGUGCGCGAGUGGGCGAGGCAACCUGACGCUCUCGAAACUUUACCUGACCUCUCCACGAGGAUGGAUCAAGGUGUUGGACUCGACCAUACUCCCAGUCACUUCCCAGUCACUCACCGCAGACAACAUCCCUCUGCCAGUAUCCUUCAGAAAUUCCUUGGACUGGAGCAUCGGGGAGCGCGACUAGAAAAGAUCAAGAACUUGGAGGCGGUUUUGCGAGGGCUGACCAGGGCGUAGACGAAGCUACACCAGCUAGCCUGUCCAAUCUAGGGAUAGAACGACCAGGAGCUGCGAGCGAGUUUUAGGAGACGAAGAUGGAAAGUGAGAAGGAAGCUAGCGGUCAGAGUCCGCAUGCUGGAUGUUUUGGAACCUUCUUCGACGUUUACGAAACUUGGCUUCGGAUGAGGUUGAAUGAAGAUAAUGGAUAGUGUAAGAUGUGGGAAGUUGUCUGGAUCAAGAGUGGUAUAGAAAUCGGUGAUAUGGGAUACUGAGAAUACGGCACGCUGCAACUUUCAGUGCAUAAGCUUCCGGUCGAAGUCUGCUCUUUCGAGUAGAAGAGUGAAGAUAUGCAGUAAGCAAGUUUCUUUGUUCGUAGAUUUAGGGGUAACCCUUUACAAAAAAAACCCAAUCUGUAACCUCG